CCACCAUUCUCACUUAAUGUUAGGUGCUUAGAGUUGAGAAGCUGGCAUUACGUCCAUGAUGCUAGCAUGGUCACCUAGGAGUGCCAGAAAUGUCAACUCCAGGAGGUGAGGACCACUAUGUGCAUAUGUUGUCUUUUAAAACCUGGAAGACAGCUUGGUCGAAGCCACAAGUCAUCGGCGAUGUCUGGUCGUGAGGAAAGGGAAAGGCAUGAAGGCAAGAAAAGAGCCACCAGUUCCAACUUUUACACGAAAUCCCUAGUCCACAUCAUCGUCGUUUACAAUGGCUGAGACGGCCGUCGGCCUUCCUGGAUCACAUACUGGGAGCACAAUCGCCAGCAUGACGCACAUUGCUUUGCAUCGAUGUGCACAUGCCUGCCGGAAGGCACUUCAUUGUGUGAGGUUCUGGCAUUUGGGGCCUGUGACUCUCCACUGCACCGGCUGGUCCGAGCGCCCUUUUCCUUUCCCAACCAGGCACUUCCCACUGGCGAGUGUCCUGAACCUGAGCAACCCAACUUCACCUCAUUCCACGAUGUCGUUGUCUGUUCAGCCCUCCACGUUUUUCGCCAGCUAUAUUCAUCUCCGCACCUCAAGAGACGUGCUUUCACAUCGUUUAAAAGCAGGAUAAGAGAGAACAGGCCGGGGAUGACUGCCCCUUGUGCGACGGGGGUCGACGCGGAUGUCGCCGAGCAAAACCUCAAGAGACUGAUUGAGGAAUUUCGGUCGGUCCUGGACGAGUCCCUCAUCGUUCUGAUCGCCAACGAGCGAGACGUUGUUCAGGACUACACAGAAAUCCGAGAUGUCCUGAACCAGCUGGCCGAGCCCGCACGGGAAGAAGCAGACAGUGGCUUUGACCCGUCGGGGCUCGGCAGCUUGGCUGAACUGCAGGGGCUACAGCUAGACGAGACAACUGCCAGCCGCACUGGAAUCGAGUCCUCAGGAGACCGUGCGACCACGAUCUCCGAGUUCUCAGACCAGUUCGAGAACCAGCGACUCACCGAGAAGUCCAACCUGAGUGACGAGGAGAAGAUACAGGAACUCAAGCUGGUCUUCAACAGCGUAUUCCAAGACCACACCCUCAGAUUCAUACUCAAGCAAUGUGCUGGGGAUCUCGGGCGGGCGCUCGACGAGCUUCUCAACCGCCAACACCUCCAGGAAUCAGGUGCUCUUCCCAAGGGGGUUGACGACUUCUUCAGUCCGGAAGAAGAGAAUCGGCAGCCUUCCAACACCAGAGCCACUCGCGCUCACAAGGGAAAAGGAACAGGACAGCGGAAGGGCAAGAAGCAGACGGUUGUGGUCAACUACAAGGCCAUAUCGCCCACGGUGGACGAUGGAGAACUUGAGGGGGCCAAAGACUUUGUCCGGCCGACUGGUUCCCGAAGCCCAAGCUCAACGCCGCGGCUUCCCCCGCCGGAUCGCGCGUCUCUUCCGGCAAGUUCCCCGGCGGCGUUGCCCGCCACCGAUCUCGGCGCCGCCAACCUGCGCGCGGCCGCAGCCCUCCGCCGAAUGGGUCCUCUCGGUCGACAAGGCGCCGCGGUCUACACCGAGCGGGCCAGGGAGGAAGCCCGCGCGUUUUCGGCGCAAGCGUCGCUCAUGGCCGAGGCACACGUGGCUCAGCAAAGCACCGACUCAAUGCUUGAUCUCCACGGCGUCUUCGUUAUGGAUGGAGUACGCAUCGCCAAGCAGCGCGUCUGGGCUUGGUGGGAGGGUCUCGGAGAGAACCGCAAGGCGCUGGCGAAGCAGAACGGCUUCACUGUUGUUACCGGCGUGGGGAAGCACAGCGCGGGCGGCGUGUCUCGGCUGCGGCAAGCUAUCGGGGCAUACCUCAAGAAUGAUGGGUGGAAGGUUGAGACGUUGACGGGGAGUUUCUAUGUGACGGGCAGGGUUUGAAGUCAUGACAGUUCUGCUCGGGUGU